AUGUGGCCGGGGAUACGUAACCUGCGAACAUCCAUCGAUUCCACCGAGUUAUUCACAGAACUGAUCGUCCGGGUGAUACUGCUGCUGGUGGCGGUUGUCAUGCAACUGACCGUCUCUCCGCACAUGCACCACAUCAGCGAAGUCGACUUGCUCAACAAUUAUAAGCGCCCGCGACAUCAGUCUUACGUACCGCCCUGGGCUACUAUACUGAUUGUCAUCAUCAUACCGUUAAUACUUAUCGGUGUACCCUUGUACCUCACAAAGAACUACGUAGACCUCACCCAGUCCUUCCUGGCGUGGACGCUCGCCCUGUCGAUCAACGCCGUGAUCACGGAAACAAUCAAGCUGAUGACUGGGCGGCCGCGUCCCGACUAUUUCUAUCGCUGCUUCCCAGACGGAGAGAUGACGAAGGAGCUAGUUUGUACCGGUGAUUUGAAAGACAUUCUGGAAGGGAGAAAAUCUUUUCCGAGCGGACAUAGCAGUUUUUCGUUUUGUUCCAUGGGAUUCUUGAGCUUUUGGCUAUGCGGUAAGCUGGGAGUGCUGUCGGGUGAGGAGAGCAAUGCGAUCCACGUGGUGACGUGCGUGUCGCCACUAGUGGCGGCCGCCGCCGUCGCCAUCAGCCGCUGCUGCGACAACCACCACCACUGGGAGGACGUGCUAGUCGGCUCCCUGCUCGGUCUCGUCUCCUCUUACCUGUGCUACAACCAGUAUUUCUACCCUCUCGAUUCUGAAUACUCUGGCUACACGUACGCAAUGACUAGUAAUCGCAUGACUAAUAUUUCUUCGCAAACCAAGAGCUGUACGAAUCAAUUAUCGCUGUGUAGUUAAUA